GCGGAAGUUGCCGGCAAGAUGGCGGCUCUGGAGGAGGAGGAGGAAGUUGCGGCUGUCGCCCCCAGCUGCAGUCGGAAGAUGACGGGAGCCGCGCGCUGGCUGCUCCGGGGGUUUCUGCUGGGUGUCUUGGUGGCGGGCUCAGGCUGGUGCAACUCCGUAGAGAGAAAAAUUUACAUCCCGCUGAACAGGACAGCCUCGUGUGUCCGCCUCCUGAACGCCACCCAUCAAAUUGGCUGCCAGUCCUCCAUGAACGGGGACACGGGAGUCAUCCACGUCGUGGAGAAGCGCUCUGACCUGAGCUGGGUGCUGAAGGAUGGGCCACACUCCCCUUACGUGGUGCUGCUGGACGGGAAGCUUUUCAACCGGGAUCUGCUGCAGGAGCUGAAGGGCAGUCCUCGGAUCUCCGGGCUGGCCGUGGCCCUCGCCAGCCCCAGCCCCGCCGAGGGGUUUUCUCCUGGCUUGAAGUGCCCCAACGAUGGCUUUGGCAUCUAUAACAGCAGCUACGGCCCCGAGUACACUCACUGCAAGGCAACCACCUGGAACCCCCUCGGCAGCAGCCUUUCCUAUGAGGACUUUGGCUUCCCCAUCUUCCUCCUUCAAGAUGAGAAUGAAACAGAGGUCAUCAAGCAGUGCUACCACACCUACAACGCCCCCCGGAACGGCUCCACGCCCCAGUACCCGCUGUGCGCCAUGCAGCUGUCCUCCCACAUGCACGCCGUGACCAGCACCGUCACCUGCAUGCGGCGCAAUGCCAUCCAGAGCACCGUCAGCCUCAACCCAGAAGUCGUCUGCGACCCGCUUUCGGAUUACAACGUGUGGAGCACGCUGAAGGCCUUCAAUGAGUCUGCCACGCUGGACCCGGAGAGUGUCGUCGUCGCUGCCAGCCGGAUCGACAGCCACUCCUUUUUCUGGAACGUGGCCCCCGGAGCGGAGAGCGCCGUCGGGUCUUUCGUGGCCCUCCUGGCUGCAGCAGCUGCCAUCCACAAGGUCCCUGGCACACACGCCUUGCCCAGGAACAUCAUGUUCACCUUCUUUCAGGGGGAGACUUUUGACUACAUCGGCAGCUCUCGCAUGGUGUACGACAUGCAGAACGGCAAGUUUCCAAUCAAGCUGGACAACAUCCACUCCUUUCUGGAGCUGGGUCAGGUGGCACUCAGGAUCAACUCAAAGCUGUGGAUGCACACGGAUCCCGUCUCUCAAAAGGACCCAGCUGCCAAGCAAAGCAUUCAAAACAUGGUGGAGACCCUGAAAAACAGUACUGCAAACACGAGCGUAGUCAUGAAUGAGAUCGGGGCUUCCCAGGCCCUCCCGCCGUCCUCCUUCCAGCGGUUCCUGAGGGCCAGGCAGAUCCCCGGGGUGGUCCUGGCCGACCACAGCGCUGCUUUCCAGAACAGGUACUACCAGAGCAUCUACGACACGCCGGAGAACAUCCUUUUGAACUACCCCCCAGGGAUGAGCCCGGAGGAUGCCCUGAAUUACGUGACGGACACAGCUAAGUCCCUGGCAGAAGUGGCCUCCGUGGUUGCCCGUGCACUCUACCGGCUCGCAGGGGGAGAUGUGAGCGCCGUGGAUAUUCAGGCGGACCCCAUGACGGUGGCCCGCAUGCUCUACGGCUUCCUGGUCCGAGCGAACAACAGCUGGUUCCAGGCAAUCGUCAAGGCGGAGCUCAAGCGAUACCUGGGAGACGAGCCCCUUCAGUACUACGUUGCCGUUUCCAGCCCGGUGAACGCCACCUACCUGGUGCAGCACGUCUUGGCCAACCUGACCGGCACUCGGCUGGCUGACAACACCACCAAGGAGCAGUGCCUGAACCUGGGCAAGGCCUCCAAGGGUGAAUCCUACGAUUACGCUUGGGUGCAGGGCUUCCCGUUCCCAAACGCCACGUCCCCCCGCAAGCCAUUCUGCGUCAUGUCGACGGUCCACCUCACCCAGGCGUCUUCCCCAGCCUUUGAGCUCAAGCAGUGGAACUCCACAGAGUACUCCACGUGGACCGAGAGCCGCUGGAAGGAGCUUCACGCCCGGAUCUUCCUCGUAGCCAGCAAGCAGUUUGAGAUCGUCAUACUUAUAGUGGGCCUUGUGAUUCUGCUCGUUUCGUUCGUUGCCACCUACUUCAUCAACGCCAAAGCAGAUGUUCUUUUCACACCUCCUGGCGACUCCAGCUCUGUGACUUAUUGAAAUUGCAUUCGGGAAUCCUUGCACUCAAAAUAGAGAGAGAGAGAGAGAGAGAGAGACAAUGAACUUGAAAUUGCUGGUAGAACAACACUGGAGCUCCUUCCCUGAUGACCGUGGACUGUGGAACGAAGUGGAGCAUCUCCUUCCCCCACAAAUAAACCCUCGUCCUGGAAGAAGGUGAUGGCGAUGCAGGGAGUGAUUUUUGGCGGGGGAUGGGUGAGUCUGUCCAGGUCUCUUCCACCUUCACUUCGUAGAGCUGCCUGGAGAAGGGAAGCCGGCCUGCCGCACCCCCGUCUCUGUGAGGACCGGAGUCCCUUGCUGGGAGAAGUCUCAGCGGGGAGGGACUCCUUCCGUCUCUCGGCCCCCCCCCCCCCACAUCACUGUAACCUACCAGAGGAGCUGAACAACUGCUCAAAUCCUUCGAUCUGUAUGUAUCAAGCUGAAAAUAAAGACGGACGUGGCAACUGGGGAGGAAGCUGGAAAAGGGGAGCUGGGUGUACAAUAUCCUUUUUUUAAGAAAUCAUUUGGAAUUUUUGUAUAUAUAAUAUAAAUAGCUUGGUUUAAUUAAAAAAAGACCUGACUUACAGAUUAAAUCCUCUGAUCCCGUUG